CUUUUACUUACGAUGCUUUUAUCGCGAAAAUAAAGCAUCAAUAUAUAUAUAUAUAUAUAUAGUACGAACACGAAUCAUAGCACGGUGAGUGUGCACGGAUAUAUGGCGAUUCGUUGCACGUACUUACACACCGACCUACGGAAAUUAGUACGCAAUAUUUAAGCCGUUUUACGAAUUGCUGUAAUUUAUUGGUUCAUUGUCUAAUCAUCUUCAUUUCCAUCUUUUUCCUUUAGUUACAGAUAAAAAUGUCUGAGCAGUUUUUGGGUUGUACAGUUUCUGUAAAAUGCAUUGACGAUCUUACUUAUCAAGGCAAAAUUAUUGAUUUAAAUAAAAAUAGCAUGACACUGGCGAAAGCAUUUUGCAAUGGCAUACCACAUACUUCAUCCAUUGUUAAUUUAAGUGUAAAAGAUAUACAGAAGCUUGAGAUUAUAUCAACUGAAGAAGCAGGGCCUAAUGUGAAUGAUAUGCAAUCACAGAGUAAGGUGAUUGUAAAGAGGCCAAUUGCGAAAAGGGCUGGGCGGUCGAUUUCAGAAUGUGUUCCUAUGUUGCAACCGACAAAUUGUCAAACACAAAUGAAUUUAAAGAAACUUGUGGAGUCUAACCAGCAGCAAGCAGAGUCAACUCCAAAUGGGAAGAUUGCUUCAGCUGAGAUUAAUGCGUCUAACAAUAAAUCCAUUUCUAAAAGAUUAAGUCAUAAGCAAAGAGCACUGGAAAGAGAUGAGCAUACUUUUGGUACCCCAAUUGAUCAGUCUCUACAGCAAGACUUUGAUUUUGAAAAGAAUUUAGCAUUGUUCAAUAAAAAGGCUGUGUGGCAAGAAAUAAAUUCUUUGAAACCAGAUAUUGUUAGACAAUCAGAAAGCAAUCGGGGUACUAAAGCUAUCUAUCGACCUGAUGAGAAUAUUCUCGUAUCCGAGCCUACAGUGCUCAGACAGAUUGUGGUGCCUUGCUCUGGUGAAAAGGAAUAUGUUACAGAUAACGGUUUAGUAAUUCCUAGCAUCACUCUUAAUCUUCAUCGGCAGUUGAUAGGUGCAGCAGAUAGACUGGGAAUAAGUUGGGAACGUAGGGUGGAACUUCUGGGUCGCGCUGGUGCUGAACUUAUUCUCCAACUAUUGGGCGGAAGUCAUCGGCUGAAUCCGAACAACGCGCAUCAGUGGCCCACCGUAGUUGCGCUGUGCGGACCACAUCGUUCUGGCGCUGCAGGUAUUAAUUGCGCCCGACAGUUGUCUAGUCACGGUGUCAAGACAAUCGUGUUCGUGGAAAACGCGGAGGACGUGUUUCUUCUGCAGGAGUUAUCGCUGUACAGACUGACAGAGAACAAAGUAGAAACUAAAGUCAAGAAUUUGCCAACGUUGGUGGAUCUUAUACUUGUGGCGCUCUGUGACGAGGAUUCACCGAAGACAAUCACUCCGAUAGCUAAAUGGGCAAGCAGUAACCGCGCUCCUAUACUCGCUAUCGAACCUCCGGCAACAGGUACACUCGGUAUUGUUAGUAAAUUUAGUCUAUUGGGUGCUCUACCGUUGUCGCACAGCGUCGACAAUGGUAGAUUGUACCUGUGUAAUCUCGCAUUGCCAAACAAGGUGUACUCCGAUGUUGGCAUCACGUAUAAAUCGCCGUUUGGACCUAAGUUCGUGAUUCCUCUACAUUCCAAUAGCUCUUAGCAAAUUCUUAGAGAUCACAUUGUGUCUUCUUGAAUGGAUGUCUUAUUUUACCAUUUUGUGCGAUUUUGUAAACCUUGUAUACAGAGAAAUAUUUUACUUCCAGGGCCCAGUGAGUUGUAAUUAAUAUAUAUAUAUAUAUAUAUAUAUAUAUAUAUAUAU